AUGGCCGACGAAAACUUUGAGGACGACAUCUUCGACGAUCUCUACGAUGAAGAACCUUCGUCCAAACCCGCACCCGCGGCACCUGCUCCCGUCCCUCAAGCAGAACCUGAGCCCAUGAAGGCGGAGCCAGCCAGCGCACCAGCACAAGACACGACACAGACUGCCGCCGACAACGCGGCUCCAUCAUGGCAGGCGCCUUCAGCAGGUGGCCAGGAUGCCCACAUGGACAACUCGGGCUACAACGCGGGCGGCGACCAGUCUUUCGACAACGCGCCUAUGGCGGAUAACAACUACGGUCCCAUAAACGUGAAGGAGGAUGGGUGA